UCGUCCUCCUUGUGCAGGCGCUCGCGCAUGCGCAUGGCCGUUUCGUGCUUAGUAAACAAAUCACAAAGCUACUGACGCAUAGAGCCUUCAUUAACAAAGGGUUCGUUCCGUUUCCAUUGGUACCGACUAAACACUAUCAUCAGGUGCAACCAUGGGGAAGUGGCUGAAACCGACUAUGUAUCACGAGGAUGGCCUCACCUCUCGCCUCAAAGAUAGUCCAACAGAAGAUGGCAAGGGUGGGGAUGUUUCCCAGUUUCCAUAUGUGGAGUUUACAGGACGAGACAGCGUGACUUGUCCUACAUGUCAGGGCACUGGAAGGAUCCCAAGAGGGCAGGAAAAUCAACUUGUGGCAUUAAUUCCAUACAGCGACCAAAGACUUCGCCCUCGCAGGACGAAGUUGUAUGUAACGGCAUCCGUUGUCGUCUGCCUGCUGCUAUCCAGCCUGGCUGUCUUUUUCCUCUUCCCUCGAUCCGUCGACGUGGCAUACGUCGGGGUCAAGUCGGUUUACGUUAGCUACGACAAAGAGAAGCACAGCGUCUAUCUGAACAUCACGAACACUUUGAACAUCACCAACAACAACUACUACUCCGUGGAGGUGGCCAACAUCACAGCUCAGGUGGAGUUUGUCAACACAGUGAUUGGGAAAUCUCGUAUCAUUAACACCACCGCCAUCGGCCCUCUCGACAUGAAGCAGAUUGACUAUGUGGUCCCCACUGUCAUUGCAGAUGAGAUGAGCUACAUGUAUGAGUACUGUACUCUGCAGUCUCUCAAGGUUCACAACAUAGUCUUCAUGAUGCAAGUGACGGUCACCACCACAUACUUCAGCCACGCCGAGCAAGUGUCACAGGAGAUGUACCAGUAUGUGGACUGUGGGGGGAACACCACUUCCAACAGCGGAAUGAGCAAGCCCUUUAGCAUCCCGCAUCCCGAGUAACAAGCCGCCGCCGCCACCGCCGCCGCCACUUGAAGCAUACGUAUCUCUUGGCCACUUUUCUUCCUCACCCUCACAUCACACUUUUGCAACGAAAGAGAAUUCACACUCUUCUUGUCAAAAGGUGAACAAUGUCUCUUGUGAAGAAAUUCAUUACGACUUUGAAUGAUAGCGGCGGCGUAUUGCCCCGCGAUCCAUCCACUCGUGCCAGCUCACGUUUUUCGCCACAGAAGAUAGAUGGAUGGAUGGAGGGAGGGAGGGAUGGCUUUACCUGCUGAGCUGGACAUGGAGGAGAAAACGAGAACCUGAUGAAGCUUCGAUGUAUCGUAACACUCAUGCACUUUCACCAGAUUGCACUCGGUGUCAAGAUCAUUUCUUCAGAACCUUUUGUUGGAAGCAUUCCAUUCUGAAGAAAGUAAUGAUAAUAAUAAUAAGAUGACAACCAUAGUGUUUCUUUGACGCCACUUUCAUCACUGGACAUUGUACAACACAAUUUCAGUAUCUACUGUGUAUCUACAUUUGGAGCCUUCUCAAUCAUGUUUGGUUACCGUGGUCGUUUUGCGGUGGCUUUAUUUUUCACAAUGAUUUCACUAGUGCAUUUUGCGUUAAAUGAUUUCACUACUUCAGCCCAGUGUAAAUCGUCUUCUGACCUACUUUAUUGUAAAGAGGAUUUUUUGGGGGGCUAAAGAACGCAAUGUAACCAGCGCAUCUUAUUCAUUCAAAUCAUUUCAUAUUGUAUUUUUUGCUCAUUCAUUUGUAAUCAUUUACUUUGUACACUAAAAACGGCAGUCCUAAUAACACUUGAGAUUUUCAUUGCUAAACAUUUGAUAUAUAGACCAUGUACACAUAUUUAUUUCAAGAGCAUUUUUUCAGUUGUUAAAUAAAUGACGUUACACAAA